AUGGCAGCUUUUUUGGAAGCAGGGAAGCAGGCUCUAAGUGCUAGUGUAUCGUGGAACCCUGUUGGUGGUAACUUUUCAAUCAACAUCGGCACUGACAAUGUGCAAGUAGCACGAGAAUUGUGCAAGACUGUAACUACACUAGGUGCUCUUUACUUUGGUUAUAAAUUAUUAAAACCAUUAAUUGAGAGUGCGGUUACAAGAGGUCUUGGUGGUGAACGAGAUGACCAAGAAGUUCGAGGUAUACGACCAGGAUCUUUGCAUGUUCGAUUACAUUGUUUUACAGGCGAAAGAUUUCUGGAAGUCUUAGCAGAUUAUGAGUCAGGAAGGAUGAAAGAACGCUUGCAGGAAGAAUUUUCGCAGAAUGGAAUUACAGUAGAAGGACUCAAGGUGGAGAUUGAAAACAUGGCAGAGGUGAAUAAAAGAAAGGAAGCCAUAAGCAAGAG